UUGCUAUAUAAGCUCAACUAACCAGAUUAGUGAUAAAACGGGCGAAGACCAAGGGUAUUUAGUCAAAGGGAGUAGAAUCAAGCAGGCCCCGUCAUGUAUCGAUUACAAUCAAUAUUGAAUUUCCUACUAUUUUUCAUAGGGAGUCUACUAGAAUCAGUUAUUGCAUCAACAAACUCUUCACAACAACUAUACGAGCAAGCGAUAACUAUAAUAGACACACUACCGCCACCAGAUACUUAUCUCCAAAGCAUAUUUAAUGACGACAAUAUAGAUAAUUAUUUAUACAUACCUCAAUAUAAUGUUGAAAAACAGAAUUAUGAAAGUUAUGACCCCAAUUACGCCCAAUUCCAGGAAAAUUUCAUUGGAUUUAAUUCAAUAAUGCAAUACUUUGGCUUUGGACUUCCUCCAAAUGAUACCUCUAUAAAUGAAUUGAAAGUGACGCCAUUCCAAGAACAAGUCUUACCUUUGCUUGAACGAGCAGCCGAGGAAAAUCAUGUUGAUUCCUUGGUUAAAUUGGCAGAUGUGUAUAUGUUUGGUAAUUAUUCGACGCCAACCAAUUACCAUAGGGCCCUUAGUCUCUACCAUAGAGCAGUGUCCAUUGAAGCAAAUGGUCAUGCAUACUUCAUGCUAGGAUUCAUUUACUCAACUGGGUUGUUUGGAGAGAUUCCAAUCGAUAAGAAGAAGUCUGACUUAUACUAUCAGUUUGGUGCUGAAAAUAAUGAUGUCAACUCUAUAUUGGUCCUUGCCAAUAAGUUUUUAAACGGAUUUGGCAGAGUUUCCGAUUGUACAAUGGCUCGUUAUUACUAUUCGAGAUUGUCUCAUUUAGGAAUGAAGUAUUUAAAUGAAAAUAAUAUUGUCCUCGACGACCAUGAUGUUUUGUAUAAUAUUCGGCUCGUUGAUUUUAAAGGUGGUCUUUAUGGUCCAAAAUUAAGUGAAAGUGAAUCAACCGUGUUCAAAAGAUCUUUUGCCUCCUAUAAACAUUCGUUUACAGAAAAUAACUUAGAUAUCCAUGAACAUGAAUAUGUCGAUUAUUUCUUUAAUUCUCUUGAAUAUUACUACGGCGAUUAUUUCAUCGAAAAAAAUCAAACAAAAGCUUUUGAAGUAGCUCAAGAAUGUGUCAACCUUGCGAAACAUCGUUAUGGUCGCAGUGGCUAUAUGCAUGUCAACGAUAUUGAUCGCUUCUUCAUUUCUAAUUGUCAAGUCCUUUAUGCAAAAAUGCUCUUUUAUGGUCAUGGUGUUAAACAAAAUUACGAUGAAGCUUAUAAAUGGUUUUCAGUAGCUGCAAAAAUUGGCAUCCAACCAACAGAAGCUUAUAACUAUUUAGGCCAAAUCCACCAAAUGGCACCUUUAACAGGAAAUGCCGAGUCUUUACAAGCUCUCAGUUUCUAUGAAAAAGCAUUGAAGCUUAAGUCUGCCAGAGGUGCCCUUAAUAUAGCAAAGGCUGGUAUUAGACAAUCGGAUGGAAAUAUACUUAACUCAAAAGAUGCAGAUAAAAUCCACACCUUGAUUAAAGAUGCUGCUUAUAAUGGGAAUGCUGAAGCUCUAUACUUCUGGAUAAACUUUCUUGACUCUGGUGUUAGUGAACACUUUGGUUUUACAGCAAGCUGUGAAGUUGAAGUUACUUUCCACAGAAGAUUCGGUGAAAGAUUGGAAAAAUUCUUCUACCCCCAUUUAAAAUAUGCUUUUGAAGAAGUAAAAUAUGGUAAUUUCAAAAAUGCUCUUCUUGGUUAUGCAAUGGCGGCUGAACAAGGGGUAGAAAACGCUCAAGUUUCGGCAGCUUAUUUAUUAUUCCAAUUAGAACCUUUCAUUCCUAUACAAGAUAAGAAAAACUUUGAUAAAGAUAGAGUAAAUAUGGCCAUCAAAUAUCUCGAACGCGCUUCUGCUCAACAUAAUUUGGACUCAACGGUAUUAUUGGGGGAUAUUUAUUUUUAUGGGGUUAAAUCAGCUAAUAUUUCAGUCGAUUACAAUAAAGCGUUUGCCUAUUAUAAUACCGCUGCCAAAGACUCGUCUUCUCAUGGAUGCUUUAACUUAGGUUAUAUGUAUGAAUAUGGUUUGGGCCCCGUUAACAACUCAGUUGACUACUUCAUGGCCAAAAGGUAUUACGACAAUAGUUUACAACUUAAACGUGUCAGCGCUGAAUCCAAAUCAGAUCUUUUGAUGCCGAAGGUUAAUACCGUCCCAAUAAAUCUCGCGUUAUUGAGAUUAAGAUUGAAGUUUUUAUUUAACAAAAAGGAAUACUCUCGCCAAAAGAGCAAUAAUGACAAUAAUGGUUGGUUAAGUGCUUUUAGAAAAUUGGGUGCUAAUAGCAAAGAAAUAGAAUCUCGUAACCUGGAUGCAACAGAGAAAGCAAAAAGAGAUAAUGCUAAGGCUCAAGCCCAUCACGAAGGUAGCUCUUAUUUUGUCGAUGAAGAAUAUGAUACUGGUGAUUAUCUUGUUCUCUUUUUCACUUCUAUGUUCUUCCUCGUUUUCUUGAUUCAAAAUAUCUAUAGACACGUCCGAAGACUUGGCCAGAGACGUAAUAAUGACCAGCCAGAAAACCAAAACCAACCAGACCGGAAUGAGAACCAAAAUGGGAAUGGUUUUCAUUUCGAAUUUCACUUUGUUGCUCUCUAAUAAGUUUUCGUGCUUUCUCAAGGCUACAGAUGUAUAUAUAUAAAUAGAUAAAUAAUGAUAAUAUUAUGCAAUGC